GUUCUUUUUAAUAAAGAAAGUUACAAAAUAGACGCAAAAUGGGUGUACCUUAUUUAUUACGGUUACCGAGAUUUCGUCGGUGAAAUUCUCGAAAUGGUGUGUUUCACUGUGCUUGUUGACGGUAAGGUCCACAUUUUCUACGGUGGCGUUUGGGACCUUUCAUGUGUAAAGCGACGCCUUUCAUCCAGCAGGUAUCCGUGUGUGCUUCGGUGAAUACAUUGGCCCUUAUUGCUGUCGACAGAUACAUGGCCAUUUGCAAUACAUGGUUGUCGAAAAUAUCCAAAACUGCAGCCAGAGCAGCCAUUGUUUGUACCUGGAUUAUAGCCAUCGUCUUGUCACUCCCAGUUGUCAUAUUUUACGAGGAGUAUGAGUCGCACACUUCUACUCAGGUCAUUCCUAUUUGCCAUCAGAUAUGGCCAAACUUUGAUCUUCAACGGGCUUACUUUGUUGUCGGUCUCUUUUUGUUGUGUUACGUCUUGCCAUUGAUACUUAUCGUGGUAUGUUACACUUCAAUAACACUUCGUGUUUGGCGCCGACAUGCACCCGGUGUCUCCAACACUUGCUACAGUGGUGUCAUCCAUAAGUCAAAAAUCAAAGUCAUAAAGAUGUUUGGAAUAGUAAUUAGUCUCUUUGCCCUAUCAUGGCUACCCCUAUAUGUAAUCUAUUUCAAACUGUACUUUUCCCCUCCAAGCACACAAAGUAAUGAGUUUAAAAUGUUGUUUGAAAUCAUCAUUCCCCUUAGUCAGUGGAUGGGGCUCUGUAACUGUGGAAUAAACCCAAUGGUGUACUGCUUUUACAGCAAAAAAUAUCGACAUGGAUUUAAGUGUUUAAUGAUGUGCAAACCCUACUUUUAUCCUACACGAUACUUUAGAUAUCACUCUGGGAAAAUACCAACAGCGGAAUCAUCCAGUUGUCGGAGCGAAGAGAGGGUGUCCACACACGACAGGGUAUUCACGCAAGCAAAGUUCAUGCUUGUUCACUACUCUGAUGGUAAUAUGACUGUAAGUUUUCGGAAAGAAGAAACGAGACAGACUAGUAUUUGAUGAUUUUAUUUUUGGGAUCGAUCAUCAUUAUUUGGCUUCAUUACUUAUGAAUAUCCUUUCUGGCAUGUCAAUAUCAACCAGUUUGUAUCCUGUUAUCAACCAGUUUGUAUCCUGUUAAAAUUUGAGGUCUAAUUCAUUUGUCGAUAUCAUUGAUGUUGUUCACCCUCGUCACCAAGUUAUUGUAUUGUAAUACAAUGCAUGAGUGUAUAUUGUGAAAUGACUGAUACUUAUACAUUCAACAUGACAUGGCUUAUUCUUGCGAAUUCAAACUUAAAAGAAGUUGUGAUAUUGAUAAUUGCUCGAC